AUUAAAAUAAAAUAAAAAAUAAUAGAUUGAUAACACCGAUUUUUACAGUUGAUGUUGGAGUAACUUCAAACUGGAUAAUGAGUACUAAAUAUACAUAAAAUUUUGCAGGAUCUAAUAUUCCAAAAACAGUAUAAUAAGCUUAAAUUAAACCAUAAUAACAUAAUAUAGAUUAUUCCAUACCUGCAACUGACAAAACACCAUACAUCCCUUUAAGAUAAACAGUUGAUUUAAAUUAUCCAAAUUAAGUGAAAGCUCCUCAAUAAUUAUAACCUACUUUAAUAGAAUCUUCAAAUACCAUAAUUACACAAUUAUCAAUUGUUACUGCUCCUAAUAUGUAAAAAAUAAAAAUAUAAACAAACUAAAUAUUAUAUUUAAUUAGUUAAAGAAAAAUUAAUGGUGUUGACACACCUCCUAAAGCUGCAAAAGAUUUCGGCCCAACCGUUACUCCAAAUUUAUAAGGUGGUGCAACAUGGAAAGAACCUUUAACCUAAGUAAUUUUAACAAUUUGCACUGUUGGAAAAGAUGGAGUUAGUAUGUCUACAAGUUCUUAUUCUCUUUAUGGAACUUAUAUUGCCCCUACAAUUCCCACAUAGUCUACAAGUAGUGAAACUAUAACUAAUACUGUUGUAGAAACUGUUAGAUUAAAAAUAAAUAAAGCUAGCAAUUCUAUAAAUUUGAUAGUAGGAUUUACUUUUGUUUUGCUACUUAAUAUUUUAUAUUGAAAAAUAUUGAGUAAUUUAUCCAAAAA